AUGAAUCCUCGAAUUUCAUGUGGUUGCAGAAAAAUUAAUCGUGAUGAAGCUGGAAUAAUGUUGCAUUUAAUCAUUGAAGAUUUAAGACGUUUAGAAUGUCCAAAUUUGUUUUAUUUAAAAUUUGAUGGUUAUUUACAUUAUUUAUCGUGUUAUUUAAUGGCUAGUGUUAAUGACAAACCGGCUCAGGCAUUGAUUCAGAAUAUGGGUGAGCCAACAGCAUUAUAUGGAUGGCAAACAAUAAAAACUUCAAAAAAUGGUCAUGUACAAUUUUUUUCUGUACAAAGAAAUCAACAAUAUCAAUUAAGAACCAAUGAUGAAUAUGUUAAUGCUUGUAAAGAACUUGAACAAGCACAGUCAAAAGGAAGAAAAAGAAAAGUAUCAAUGGAAGAUGAAAAAGAUAUAUCCAAAGGAUCUAAAGGCAGUUGUGAAUUAUCAACACGUACUUAUUUUGGUCGUGGUAGUAGCUUUUUAUGUGACAGUUUACACAAGUUAUUUUAUGGCUUAGGAAAAAGAGUUCUUCAUUUAUGGUUUUCAUUCGACGAUAAAAAUGAACCUUGGUCAAUGUUUUAUAAAACAGAUCAAAUACAAAAUUUAUUGUCAAAUUUUCGCUAUCCAUCAACAACGUCAAGAAUAUCACGUACAAUAAAUAAAUAUAAUCAUUUUAAAGCAAAUGAGAUUUGA